GGCGGACGCGGCUGGGUGCGGCGCGGCGGGGCUGGGGGGCCUGCGGCCGGGCACCGCCUCCUUCCCCGCCCUCCCCGCUGAGGAUGGAAGUGACGAAGGCAGCCGAGGAGGUCACUUCCUGCUGGGGUGGAUGAGGAGGAGCCCGAGACGCCGCGGAGGAGACCGGACCGAGGACUGGCCGUGCCGGGGAGCGGGUUGACUGACACAAAGCUGCUUGCUGCUCGGAACAGGAUGAGGAUAUGUGAAUCCGAACGGAAUGGAUUCAGAAUGCAGCAAGACUCCCUCCACUUAAUGAAUAGAAGGUUCUCUGAAAUGCCUGCUUUAAUUCCUUCUUGUUAAAAGAGAGAAAAUCAGGAGGGUGAAAAUGAAAGCAGGCUGUAGCAUCGUGGAAAAGCCAGAAGGAGGUGGAGGGUAUCAGUUUCCUGAUUGGGCUUAUAAAACAGAGUCGUCCCCCGGCUCCCGGCAGAUCCAGCUGUGGCACUUCAUCCUGGAGCUGCUGCAGAAGGAGGAGUUCCGCCAUGUCAUCGCCUGGCAGCAGGGAGAGUACGGGGAAUUUGUCAUCAAGGAUCCAGAUGAGGUGGCCCGCCUCUGGGGCCGCAGGAAGUGCAAACCACAGAUGAAUUAUGACAAGCUCAGCCGGGCCCUCAGAUACUAUUACAACAAGAGGAUCCUUCAUAAAACAAAAGGAAAAAGGUUUACUUAUAAAUUUAACUUCAGCAAGCUGGUGAUGCCCAACUACCCGUUCAUCAACAUUCGGUCAAGUGGUGUGGUUCCCCAGAGCGCGCCGCCGGUACCGACAGCCUCCUCCCAGUUCCACUUCCCACCUCUGGACACCCGUUCCCCGACUAGUGACGUGCAGCCAGGGCGGUUCUCUGCUGUCUCCCUACCCGCUUCUGGCCAGGACUCAACUGAUGGCUCUGACAGAAAGGCGGAGCUGUCGGAGCUGGAGGAUGGCUCAGCUGCCGACUGGCGCCGGGGUGUGGAUCUCAUGUCCUCCCGGAAUGUCGUCAGUGGAGGAGGGAUUGGCCAUCAGAAACGCAAGCCUGACAUAAUGCUUCCUCUGUUCACUAGGCCAGGGAUGUACCCUGACCCCCACAGUCCCUUCGCUGUUUCUCCAGUCCCUGGCCGAGGGGGUGUCCUUAACGUCCCCAUUUCACCAGCCCUCUCCCUGACUCCCACCAUCUUCUCCUACAGCCCAUCGCCAGGCCUGAGCCCCUUCACCAGCAGCAGUUGCUUCUCCUUCAACCCUGAGGAAAUGAAACACUAUCUUCAUUCUCAAGCCUGUUCUGUGUUCAACUACCAUCUGAGCCCGCGGACAUUUCCCCGUUACCCAGGGCUCUUGGUUCCCCCACUGCAGUGCCAAAUGCAUCCUGAGGAGUCAACCCAGUUUUCUAUCAAGCUGCAGCCCCCGCCAGUCGGGCGCAAGAACCGAGAGAGGGCAGAGAGCAAUGAGGAGCCAGCCCCUGUCGCUGCCCCCACCGUGGCUCCUGUCCCCACAAGAAUCAAGCUGGAGCCAGCCUCUGAGAAGGGUCCUGACAGUCUGAGGCUGUCGGCUCAGGAGAAGGAGGAGCGCUCGAAAGAAGAGGGCGCCAUGCCCAGCAGGACCGUCACAGAGGAAAAAGGCACCGUCUUUGCCCGCCCAGCUGCCCCGCCUGCCUGGGCCACUGUGCCCGUUAGCGCCCCAAGUGAAGAGCCCCUGGAGGUAACUGAAGACAGUGAGGACAGGCCUGGGAAAGAGCCCAGUGCGCCUGAGAAGAAGGAGGACGCCCUGAUGCCACCCAAGCUUCGGUUGAAGCGGCGCUGGAAUGACGACCCUGAAGCCCGGGAGCUGAGCAAGAACAGCAAGUCCCUCUGGGACGGGCCGGGACCCCGGGGCUUCGCAACGGCAGCUGCCGACGCAUAGAACUGCAAGUGGCUGGGGAGCUGUUCGUACUAUAAUCAAUGCAUACGUGUAUUUAUGUAGCAAGAUUUCAGGGUGGCGGGGUGGGAGGGAGGGGGGAAGGGAACUAGACUCUUUGAUCAUCUGGGACAUAGACGUCUGUUUUUAUGUUUUUGGGAUGGGAUGGGGUACCUUCUGUUGUAAAUUAAGUGGGAUGUGAACACACUCUCCUGAUGAGUAGGACACAGGAAGGGUGUUGAACUGAAGGGAGAAAGAGCCUCUGUUUCCCAUGGAGGCUUAUGCUUUGUGACAAGCUCCCGAAGGGCCAAGAUCCUGUUUGGUCCCAUGAUAGUUCAGGUUCCAGACUUCUUUCUUUUCUAUUGUAUUUAUGUAUGGAAAGCCAUUAGCGAAUUUAUUUUGCUCUGAGAGAGAUGCAAGUAAAAGGGAAAGAGCGUGGUGGGGAGGUUGAGCAGUGAGAGACCAUUAAUAGUACAUAUUUUGCCUGAAAUGCUUCUUUAUAAUUAUUUCAGGGGAGGAAUAAAAUAAUCUCAGUCUUACUGGGGUGGGGAGAUGGUCAGAUGUUGCUCUUUUUCUUUUUUCCUUUGUUGUUGUUUGGCAUUUUUUCUUUGCCUUUUUAAAAAAAUAUUUUCAGGAAACAUGAAGAGUACUGCCAGUUAGAGUUGGCCAGGGAGGCAGGCCCGGGCACCGCGGUUGGGACCGGAAGCCCUGCUGUGAAUUUCUUGGACUUUUUACCUACUUCACCUAUUAAGAAGCCAUGAGGAGUUGUAAACUCUUGUUCAGGGAAGGAAGAAGAGGGCGGGAGGAUGUAACCCAAUGCCUUUAAAAACAGAACAAACACAAAAUGAUCUUCAUUUUUCCUUUUCCAUUGAGGGUUUGGAGAGCCAAACCAAAGUGUGACUGUGAACAAGUUCACUAAGAGGCGUGACAGCGUCGGAGAUGUCUUUCUGUUGUGUCUGGUUCCCUUAUCAUUUUCUGAAGUCAAGCCUUAACAAUGAACAUACUUUAACAUGAUACGGGUCUGUCAACAUAAACCUGUAAAAGGGCAUGGACAACUUUUCAGAUAACCCAGAUAUGUCGAAACAUUGUUAAAUUUUGAGCUGGUAUUUAGUUGUCCCCUCUUGAUACUAUCGGGAUGGGUAGCAAAAAGGCAGGAUUGUGGGAAAUGAGGGCAAAUGAUACCUGGAGACACUGAAGGUAGCUGGGGAAGUACAUGUGGACAUCCACUGAGACUGAAGGAACCAGGUGGACAGGAGAUGCAGAAGGCAUCCAGGGGCCAGAGGGCCUCGUGUGAAUGAAGGGGUGGGGGGUCUGUCCUGCCGGGGCCUUGCGUCCUUGCCAUGCCCAGUUGCCUGGGUUGUGACAGUUCUCACCAUCGAUUGGCUGUCUUACCUGAGACUCCAGUUUACAGACAGGAGUUGUUUCUUCGUGGGAAGUUUCUUUCCAUCAACGUAAAGGAAUGGGAAAGUACUGAUCUUAUUUGAAGCAGAAGGGGCCUGGACUAGCGACAGAAUCCACAGCCAGCUGUCUGCUUGUCACAUGUAACUGUGUAGCAUAUGGAACUAAUUGACCAUGGCUCAGAUCUGCUGGGCAGCAGGGAGGGGAGAAGCAACUCCCUCUCUGAGAGGGGCAAGGAGUGGGCACAGGGAUGCUGCUAGGAGUUAAACUCCUCACUCCACUGUAGCCUGCGUGAGUCCCGUUGGAGGGCUGUCCUUUAAUGGGAGCGGGGGAGUCUUUAAGCUGGAGUGCAUGCAUGAGAGAGGGGCUCAGGAAGGCCUAGAGCAGGUGAGUGAGCCACUAGGUGGCUGAGGAGGACUGGAGCCCAUCAUGCUGUUUUUUGGCAAGCGUCGUCCCCUUUGUUUGAUUCAUAUUCCGUGAGUGACUUGUCUCUCCCUGGGAAAGGGGUUGGGAGAAUGGUCCCUAGCAACUCAGGCUUUGAUCGGGCUGCAAAGGACUCCCUGUUCAAGCUGCCUUUAGUUGGGUUGUGUUUUUGUCAGAUUCUCUGCACCUCAAUUUACCUUGAAUUAGAAAGCAAGCCCGGGCAAGUGGAGGCGAGGUCUCUGCUUGGCAUUGUCCUAUCUAACCAGGGAGGCUGGCUGGCCACCCUCUCUGUCCAGUAGAGGGGAGGGCCAGUGGGUGUCGGUAUGAACUCAGGAAUAGAAACUCGAGGCCUUUAAAAUAAGGAGAAAAAUUCAUGAUGCAUACCUGUAAUCCCCUAGAACCCAAGUGCCAGAAUUCAUUCCUAGAUGCUGCUUCUGUUGGAACAAAAUGUCACUGCUUUUACACUUGAAAAAAAAUACUAAAAAAUGUUCAACUCCACGAAAAUGUUUUUUGGCUUUAAGAAAUUGUUGGUGUUUAA